UACUCAGAAAGCCUGUGAAUCCCCCACUUACAUUUUAUUUUAAGUUUACUUAGCUGGUUACUUCCAUUUAUCUUGGCUUUUGAGCUUAUUUGCUCUAAUGUGUAAUUUGAAGCCAGGAACAUUUUAUGCUUUGCCUCAAAGUCCACAACUGUUCAAGCAAAUGUUAAUGGUUUCUGGUUUUGAUAAGUAUUAUCAAAUAGCAAGGUGCUUUCGAGAUGAAGAUCUAAGAGCUGAUAGACAACCUGAAUUCACACAGCUUGAUAUGGAGCUUGCUUUCACUCCUUUGGAGGAGAUGCUGAAGCUUAAUGAAGAUUUGAUUAGAAAGGUUUUUCUAGAGAUCAAAGGUGUACAUCUCCUAAACCCUUUUCCUAGGCUUACGUAUGCUGAAGCAAUGAGUCGAUAUGGUUCAGACAGGCCAGAUAUUAGAUUUGAUCUUGAGUUAAAAGAUUUUAAUAACAUUAUGUUUGCAUCUUUAAAAGUUGUUUUAUCAACUUCAAAAGAUUUAUCUGUUUGUUUCCAACCAGCUUCUUUUGUUCUCCCAGCUGCUCUUAUUUAUCUUGUUUCCAACCAGCUGCUCUGCCAUACGCACUUUGGUAUCUACUAUGGAUCCAACAAAUACCGAGCAGUUUCUGAGUCGUUGCUCUGCCAGACCAGGUGA